GCUCCUGUUGCUGUGUUCCUGAGACUGAGAGUGGUAGUAGAAAACAACAGCUGGGCCGAUAGAUCAGACGGCUUUGGGGUAUUUCUUAAUUUUCAGACCAUUACAGAAGCCUCCUUUAAACGUGUGAGACUCUAUAUGGACAACCCGAUCACUAAAAAGAGCUCCAGCUGCUUUUUAUCAAAACUCAAAGUGAUUUGGGGAUCCGGUCCCGAGGAAAGCUGCUCCUGACAGGUGCGCAAAGUGCGCAGAGACGAUGGGCAGACGUGAGGCGGACAGCAGAGGCGCAAUGAACACUAGCGGACGCUCCGAGCUGGGCUGCCUGCAGGACGCGGCAUCCAGCAGCCAGCAUGGCGGCGAGCAGUCACCGAGAAUGGACAGCCGCCGUGCCUGCAACGCGGAGAAGCGACAGAGAAACAUGCAAGUAGGCGUGGAGGCGCUGGGCCAGGCAUCCACAGCCACAGCGUCCAUGGAAGUAAAAAAGCAUCAGCACAAGCACAACUUAAAGCACCGUUAUGAGGUGAUGGAGACGCUGGGGAAAGGCACCUACGGCAAAGUGAAGAAAGCGGUGGAGAGAGCGAGCCUGAAGACGGUGGCGAUCAAGUCAAUCCGCAAGGAGCGCAUCACCGAUGACCUGGACAGAAUUCACAUCCAGAGAGAGAUUGAGAUCACAUCUUCACUCAGGCACCCCAACAUCAUACGCUUCCAUGAGGUGUUUGAGAGCCGGGAUAAGAUUGUGAUUGUGAUGGAGUACGCCAGCAGAGGAGAGCUGUAUGAUUACAUACAGGAGAGGAGGCGACUGCCAGAAACAGAAGCCCGCAGCAUCUUCAGACAGAUUACAUCUGCUGUCCACUACAGCCAUAAGAACGGGGUUGUGCAUCGAGACCUCAAGCUGGAGAACAUUCUUUUGGACCAAGACUUGAAUGUAAAGCUGGCUGAUUUUGGCCUCUCAAAUAAUUUCCACAAGGGCACACUGCUGCAAACCUACUGUGGAAGUCCGCUCUACGCUGCCCCAGAGAUCGUGAAAGGGCUGCCAUACCAGGGACCAGAGGUGGACUGCUGGGCACUGGGGGUGUUGCUGUAUGCCCUUGUUUACAGCAGCAUGCCAUUCGAUGGGGCCAGUCACACAAAACUCACAGAGCAGAUCAGCCAAGGUUGCUAUCGCAGACCCAACCCCCCCUCUGACGCCUGUGCUCUCAUCAGCUGGUUGCUGACGGUGCGUGUGGAUGAGAGAGCCACGAUAGAGGACGUGGCUAACCAUUGGUGGGUGAACUGGGGAUAUGAAGAGAGUGUGUGUGACUGCCCUUCAUUUCCACACCAAGAGUGCCCCUCCCCGCUGCUGGCUCGCUACAUCGACUGGCAGAAUCAGGUUGCUGCUGCUAGCAGUUUGACGGUGGAUGCAGACUGCCUGUCCUCAGACUCUUCCGGUCUUCCUCAACACGCUUCCAACCCCUUUUACUUCAGCUUACCUCUAAAGCACGAAUGUGGGGGAGGUGCAAGGGUGCGCGGUGGAAUAUCGAGUCUUAGGAAGUCUCGCAAGGAGAAUGCGAUUCCCCAGACUGCACAGGGAGCUUGCAGUGACGUUUGUUUAGCAACUGCUUCUUCCGUGGUGAUUUCCUCCACUUCCACUUUUGAAAGAAAAAAACCCAAAGGUAUUCUGAAACACCAGAGAAGUUUAGAUUCAGUCUUUCACACCCCUCCCAGGGAUAACUCCCCCUCUCAGCUCUGUAACACUGCACCGCAGCCCUGUCGAACACACAGUCUUACUCAUGCGUAUGUUGACGUCCUAUCAACCAGCCUUCUGUCUCCAACUACAUUCAGUCAGCCGUCGUCCAAAAUGCCCAAGAAAGGGAUACUAAAGAACUUGUAUGGUGGGGAGUCAGGUUAUGGUUCCUCAUCAGACAGAAGGGGCUCAGGUGUAGGAAGUACAGACAGUAAUGCAGGUGAGUCCUGUUCCCACAAACAACAAACAUGUCUCCCUGGAGUUGAAGGCAGUCCCACAAUGCGCACAGAAGCAGUAAGAAGACGUAAGGGUAUUUUGAAACGUAAUGGAAAGUUUUCUCGCAGCCUGGAUCUUCCUGACAACCACCAGUCGUCUCCCUCUCCAACUCCUGCGAUAUUCCCAGAGGCUCUGCAGCAUCUCCUCCAGACUGCAGGGGAUGCCGAGGGCCGUCAUAGCCGCCCCUCUAGUGUUGUGAGUGAGGAUAGCCUAUUCUCCUCCGAUUCCUUUGAUCUGCUGGACCUUAGCUCCCAGUCACGUCGCAAGAUUUUCUCAAGGGGGGUGCGGCACAGCUCAGAGGACGAUUUGGAGCAGCUGAGAGGUGAGGCGGACAGGGUUGUUGGAGAACAACAAACAAAAAAGGAAAUGUAAUACGAAGCGUAUUAGAAACUUUAGUUUAGUUUAGAAACUUUAGUGUGCUGAAAAACUGGGUUUAAUUCCAGCUCUUCAGUUCAGUUUUAUGUGAUAAUCAGUGCCUGCGAUCUUGAAAAGACUUCAUGAACUCCAGAAAGGUUGCAUCUCAAGUACACAGACUCUCAUGACCAUUGCACUGCUGAUGUAAAGCACCAUGUCUCAGCAUAUUUGCAGCGAUAAAUUAAAGUGUAGCCUCUGACUGUUUAACUGUGUUCCUCCAAAUGGGACCUGAUUUCCAGCAGUUUGCAGAGAUAGGACAGAAUAGUCUGUUUAAUGGACUCGGUCUGACCUCACCUGCACAACAGACUCUCCUUGUAGAUUUUUGCAGAUUGAUGUUGACAACUCUCAAAAUCUUUGUCUGAAGGCUGUCAUCUGCUAACGUGGUAAUCCACGCAUCUUUGGUUUAUCGACAAUCAUUGUAUGAGUAAGUCAAAAGACUUAAAGAUAUUUCCAUCCACCUGCAUUUUUUGACCAUUUUGGAUAUAAAAUCUGAGGUGUAAGUUCAGAAAAAAAGAAGAAAAAAUACUUUUAAAGUUCAAAAAAAUAUGUGUGUAUUGAUAACAGUGAAAUGUGGCAAAGUGCAAGUGAAACUAGCUUUUUAUACAUUAAUCGUGCAUGAAGCAUGUCAGAUAGAAGCAUACAGUAUGUAUGUGAGAACUAAUGGCGGGGGGGGAGCAUUAGUUAAAUUAAUAUAUGAAACAAAUAUAAAUAUAAUUUCAUUUUUUCUGCAUUCUUUGGCAGUGCUACUAAUUUUGCUGGUGAUCUUUUGUAAUAUAUAAUUUGCACACUGUUGUUCUGCAGUGGUUGUGAUAACACCCGGCAAUAAAUUUAACAUCAUCAGCUACUUAUACUCAAGUAUCCACCUUCAUGCAGUCACACAUACAUAUGGAAACAGAUAUGCAUAGAAGUUUGCUUUGAGCUUAAUGAUUUUCUGAAAUAUGUUCAAAUGUGUGCAGUGUUUGGAUGGAAACUAGACUGUAGCAACUUCUGUUAUGAGGAUAAAUUCUGCUCAGUUGACCUUUGGGAUACUUUGUGGCAGCACUUUAUAAACCUUAUAUAAACAUUGCGACAUGGUUAUAGCGCACUAAAAUGUAGCAGAUAUCAGGACAUUUUAAGUGUUCAGUAUUAACCUGUAUAAUCUGUCAGCAAUUCUAAUUUCUCAUCUGAGAAUAAAUUGUGUUUUUAUUCAUUAUCUGUUCACACAUCAUCCUGCUUAUGUUUAUGCACUGUGGGCUUGCACAAGAGGAGCUAUGGUUGUUGACAGACACUUCACAUUGGUUAAAACCCAUUUGUUAAAUGUUUAUAUUCCACUUAUCUAAAAUGCUAAGGAAAGUAAUGCCGAUGUCAAUAUUUGUUUUCAAGUAUAUUUAUGCCACACAGUGUUUCACUGUGCACAGUUUGCUUCUUUGCACCAACACACACAGUGUGAAUAGCAGAUAGAUCACAUUGCUUUUUACCGUGACACCACCUGUGCUGCUCUGGAUGUUUAGGUGAUGUAUGCAGUAGAUGUAUGCAAUAUUAAAUAUGUGAUUGUCAUACUAUGAGAGGAAAUACAAAGAAUUCUCUUUAACUUUUUAAAAAAAAAAAAUUUUUGUUUUUCUGGGUAAAAUAAAUUAUUUGAAUCUGA